AUGGCCAAUCGCCUCGGCCAGAGUAGAAAGGACGAGGGCGGACGAGCCGGAGUCGGCGGCGGCGAGGGCGGCAUGAGCGACUCCACCUCGGGGUCACAGGACGCCGCAAGCGACGCCAAGAAGAAGCACCGCCGCAACCGCACCACAUUCACCACGUACCAGCUGCACGAACUCGAGCGCGCCUUCGAGAAGAGCCACUACCCCGACGUGUACUCCAGGGAGGAGCUCGCCCUCAAGGUCAAUCUCCCGGAGGUCAGAGUGCAGGUGUGGUUCCAGAACCGACGGGCCAAGUGGCGCCGCCAGGAGAAGAUGGAGCAGGCCCAGCUGCGCCUUCACGAGCAGUCCCUGGGCCUGCUGCACCGGCCCGCCGGCCCCCCGGGCCCCCUCGACCACUUCUUCCCUCCGCUCCUCCCGGCGCUGCCCGGAUUUCUCGGCCACCCGCACGCCACGUACCCGUCCUACCUCACCCCGCCCACCUCCUCGUCCAUGGCCGUGGCGCCCCCGCCGGCGCCCUCCAUCCCCGACGACCUUAGGUCCUCCUCCAUCGUGGCCCUCAGACUACGCGCCAAGGAGCACCUCGAGAGCCUCGUCAAGACCUCGACACUCGUCUGA